CGCCGGCGGCCCGUACGGGGCGGAGCGCGGGCGCGGAGGGCGGCGGAGCUGCGGUCGCCUCGCGUCGCGGGCGGCCAUGGCGUCGGGCAGCGCCAUCCAGAUCCCGAGCCGGCUGCCGCUGCUGCUCACCCACGAGGGCGUCCUGCUGCCCGGCUCCACCAUGCGCACCAGCGUGGACUCGCCGCGCAACAUGCAGCUGGUGCGCAGCCGCUUGCUCAAGGGCACCUCGCUGCGCAGCACCAUCAUCGGCGUCAUCCCCAACACGAGCGACCCCACGUCGGACUGCGAGGAGCUGCCCUCGCUGCACAGGAUUGGCACCGCUGCCUUGGCUGUUCAGGUGGUGGGCAGCAACUGGCCCAAGCCACACUACACACUGCUGGUCACCGGCCUGUGCCGCUUCCAGAUACUGCAGCUGCUGAAGGAGAAGCCUUAUCCCGUGGCUGAGGUCGAGCAGUUGGAUCGACUAGAGCAGUUCACUAAUCAGCAUAAUAAAUCAGAGGAGGAACUCGGAGAGUUGUCAGAACAGUUCUACAAGUAUGCAGUGCAGCUAGUUGAGAUGCUGGACAUGUCUGUUCCUGCUGUUGCAAAGCUGAGACGUCUUUUGGACAAUCUGCCUAGAGAAGCUUUGCCAGAUAUACUGACUUCCAUCAUUCGUACAUCUAACCAAGAGAAGCUUCAGAUUUUAGAUGCUGUUAGGCUGGAAGAACGGUUCAAGAUGACUAUACCAUUGCUUGUUAGACAAAUUGAAGGCCUGAAGCUGCUUCAGAAAACAAGAAAGCCCAAACAGGAUGAUGAUAAAAGGAUCGUAGCUAUUCGUCCUAUUAGAAGAAUCAAUCACAUUCCAAGUGCUACAGAAGAUGAGGAUGAAGAAGGAGAUCAUGAUGAUGUUGUCAUGCUGGAAAAAAAGAUUAGAACAUCCAGUAUGUCAGAACAAGCUCUUAAAGUUUGUCUUAAGGAAAUAAAGAGAUUAAAGAAAAUGCCUCAGUCAAUGCCAGAAUAUGCUUUGACCAGAAAUUACUUGGAGCUGAUGGUGGAAUUGCCAUGGAACAAGAGUACUAAAGAUCGCCUUGAAAUUCGUGCAGCUCGAAUUCUUUUGGAUAAUGAUCAUUAUGCCAUGGAGAAGCUGAAGAAGAGAGUUUUGGAGUACUUAGCUGUCAGGCAGCUUAAAAACAACCUUAAGGGACCUAUUCUUUGUUUUGUGGGUCCCCCGGGAGUCGGUAAAACUAGUGUUGGAAGAUCUAUUGCCAAGACUUUGGGUCGAGAAUUCCACAGAAUUGCUCUAGGAGGCGUCUGUGAUCAGUCUGAUAUUCGAGGCCACAGACGCACCUACGUUGGCAGCAUGCCGGGUAGAAUCAUCAAUGGACUGAAGACUGUUGGGGUUAACAAUCCGGUGUUCCUGCUCGAUGAGGUUGAUAAGCUGGGGAAGAGCUUACAGGGCGAUCCAGCAGCUGCCUUGCUCGAGGUCUUGGAUCCAGAACAAAAUCACAGUUUCACCGAUCACUAUUUAAAUGUAGCCUUUGAUCUGUCCCAAGUCCUUUUUAUAGCUACAGCCAACACUACAGCUACUAUCCCACCUGCUCUUUUGGACAGAAUGGAAGUCAUUCAAGUUCCAGGAUAUACACAGGAAGAAAAAAUUGAAAUUGCACAUAGACACUUGAUUCCUAAACAACUUGAACUGCAUGGCCUGACUCCACAGCAGAUUCAGAUUCCACAAGUAACCACUUUAGACAUAAUUACCAGGUACACUAGGGAGGCAGGAGUCCGCUCUCUGGAUCGGAAACUGGGAGCAAUUUGCAGAGCGGUGGCAGUGAAAGUGGCAGAAGGACAGCACAAAGAAACAAAGCCAGAUCGUGCUGAAGUGACUGAAGGAGAAGAAUGCAAAGAGCAUAUCACAGAAGAUGCAAAAACAGACUCCAUCAGUGACACAGCUGACCUGGCUCUGCCACCUGAAAUGCCGAUUUUAAUUGAUUUCCAUGCUUUAAAAGAUAUCCUGGGGCCACCUAUGUAUGAAAUGGAGGUGUCAGAACGGCUGAGUCAGCCUGGGGUGGCCAUAGGCUUGGCCUGGACCCCGCUGGGCGGCGAGAUCAUGUUCGUGGAAGCCAGUCGCAUGGAUGGCGAGGGGCAGCUCACGCUCACGGGCCAGCUCGGAGAUGUCAUGAAGGAGUCGGCGCAUCUGGCCAUUAGCUGGCUGCGCAGCAACGCAAAGAGAUACCAGCUGACCAACGCUUCUGGAAGUUUUGAUCUCCUUGACAACACUGACAUCCAUCUGCACUUCCCAGCUGGAGCUGUCACAAAAGAUGGACCAUCUGCUGGUGUUACCAUAGUAACCUGCCUUGCUUCACUCUUCAGUGGGCGGCUGGUGUGUUCAGAUGUAGCCAUGACAGGAGAAAUUACACUAAGAGGCCUUGUUCUUCCAGUUGGGGGAAUUAAAGACAAAGUCCUGGCUGCGCACAGAGCUGGACUGAAGAGAAUUAUUAUUCCUCAAAGAAAUGAAAAAGAUCUUGAAGAAAUUGCGGUGAACGUGCGGCAAGACCUGACUUUUGUUAUGGCAAGCUGUCUGGACGAAGUUCUUAAUGCAGCUUUUGAUGGAGGAUUUUCAGUUAAGCCCAUAGUUGAGCGUUUGAAUAGUAAACUUUAAGCAGACAGCCUAAGAUUAUUUCUGCAUCAAAUUUUAAUACUGAUCAAUUAAUGAGCAACCAUAUAGCAAUUAUAACUAUCAACUUUAGUUGAUUUGUUUAAAUGCAGAUGUGAAUGCAAUUAAAGCUAUUACUUCAGCAGUUAACAUCCUGCAACCAUAUUUUUUGGAGGUGUUUCCUGCUUUUUACUACUGUUGGCAAAAAGACUUGGAAAAAUUACUAAUUUCCUGAUACUGAGAGCUUCAAGCAUGAGAGCUGAAGCUAUGAGAAAAAUCCUAUUCCUUAGCUUAUUUGGUAUAAUGUUAUAUAAUUGUCAUUUGGUGAUAACAUCUCUGAAGAGAACAAACCCACAAAUAGGAGUUAACAAAAUUCUAUGGGAUGUUCAGACAAAAGCAUCCCUGCAGCAAGAGAAGCUAAUGGCAAGGAGGUUACUCCAAAACCAACUGACUUGGUGCAAAAAUAGUAAAAUAGUGAAUAUUAAUUUCCUAAAUGCAGAUAAGCAAUACAAUAAAUAGCAUCAUAGGAAAAAUGCACAGUUUGGAGAUCUCCAAAUUGCUUAAAGGGUUUAAACAAGCAUUUUUGUCUGAAUCAUCAAGCCCUUUUGGCACCUCACAGUAACUCUUAUUUUAAUGAUGCCAAUGUAGAUCUCAUUUUUCACACUUAUAUACAGGAAACAACUAAGGAGGAAUUUAAAUGUACUAGUUCUUGGUUGAGAAAGGAGUGCACUAAAGUUCAUGUACGCAAAGUUGUACUUAACAGUACUGAAGUAGUAGGUUGAGCGUAGCUGAAGACUUUAUGAAAAGAUUGAGCCUGGUAACAUUCUGGAGGGACAGAGUACACCUCCUUCUUGCAUCUUACCUGACCCAAAACUAGGAACAUUGUGAUUCUGGGAUGUUUAUGCUUCAAGUUUUGCCUAUAAAAAAUAAUUGGUUUAUUUAAUUAACAGUGCCAGGAAAAGUGGAUCAUUAAUACUGAAUUAGGGGCUGUGAAUUAUUUAAGGUUUACGAAAGUCUGUCAGUAUCCCAUCUCAAGAUAGCUAUCCUAGAGACAAGGCUAUCCUCAUUUUCCCUAGAUGUUAGUGAAGAUAGAAAUUUAAACUUCUGUAAUCUAAGGUUCUUAAGUUUUUC